CAGAUCUCCAUGUCCAUUUUCACCACAUCAACUUUUUUCUAGGCAUGCAUUGAUUGCCCAUUGCCGCGUUUGUUGACAUUGCCAUUACCCUCUGUCGCAUUUAUGCAUGCACGCUACCGAAUCACCGGUAGUUUCGCCGUCUUUAGUCUCUCCUUGAAGCUUGGAUUUUUGUAUUAGACGCUUUAGACAUUCAUUCUCACAAUUGAUCGUAUCUACAUUCAUUUUCUCCCCUCUUGUUGGCUAAUACUGCCCGUCUUAUGGUUACUUGGACUUUUGAAUUGUUACGAACCUUGGAACCAGGUAAUUGGCUUUUGUUUCGGUGGAAAUUCAGUAGCGGGAGAAUUGGAAUUCCCUUCACCUACUUUCUACAAUCCGCCAAUCCUGGCUUACCACGACUUGACUUCUCGCACACUUUUACCCGACUGCUUUAAAGUACACAACUUCGCUCUAUUACGCUUCACGAAAUAAUCUAUUACGAGUAACGGGAAUUACAUGCCAAGAUGGCGGAACGCGACUAUGAUGAGAAUAACGAAGCCUUAGACCCAGAGCUCCUAUAUACCAAGGAAUUCUGCAUUGGAGGAGGUAGUUUUGGUAAGGUCUUCAAAGGCGUCGAAAAGCGAAGUGGACAGGCCGUAGCGAUCAAGGUCAUCGACAUCGAGAGCGCCGAAGAUGAGGUUGAAGAUAUCAUACAAGAGAUAGCAAUUCUGUCCGAACUUCAAUCACCCUACGUCACCAAAUACUACGGUUCUUAUGCGAAGGGCGCCGAAUUAUGGAUUGUGAUGGAGUUCUGUUCCGGUGGAAGUUGCGCCGACCUGAUGAAGCCCGGCAUGAUUGGAGAAGACUACAUCGCGAUCAUCGUAAGAGAGUUGCUUUUGGGUUUGGACUACUUGCAUGCCGACAAGAAGCUCCAUCGGGAUAUCAAGGCUGCGAACAUCCUUCUUAGUUCCAAUGGUCAAGUCAAGCUCGCCGAUUUUGGUGUAUCUGGCCAGCUCUCGGCGACUAUGACCAAGAAGAACACAUUUGUUGGUACCCCGUUUUGGAUGGCUCCGGAGGUCAUUAAACAAUCUGGAUAUGACCACAAGGCAGAUAUUUGGUCAUUGGGAAUCACUGCGCUUGAACUUGCAAACGGCGAACCGCCGUAUGCUGACAUUCAUCCAAUGAAGGUCUUAUUUCUAAUCCCGAAAAACCCCGCGCCCAGACUAGAGGGCAACUUCACCAAGGCGUUCAAAGAUUUCAUCGAAUUAUGUCUGCAAAGAGACCCGAAGGAACGGCCUGCAGCUAGGGAUCUGCUGAAGCACCCUUUCAUCCGAAAGGCUAAGAAGACUAGCUGCUUAACAGAGUUGAUCGAACGCUAUCAUCGAUGGAGCGCAACACACAAGUCAGAAGACGAGGAACACAUAGACGAAGGAGAAGACUUCACCGAACCACAACACGUUAACGAAGAUGUAUGGGAUUUUGGCACCGUCCGACUGGUUAGUGACCGAGGAGGAGUUGUGAAUCGGCCUGGAUUGAACGCUAUGGAUGACUCCGCUAGAAACGCGAGGGCAUCAAGACAACUAGACGCCGACUAUGGUGAGAGUCCCAGAGCGAUCUCACCGAACAAGAUCCAAGCUCAAGACUUUGCGGAUACAUCCGUCUCGAACACUCUCAAAGCCCCCAACCCCCCAGGAUUCGCAACACCGCGACAAGCAUCGCCUCAGCGACGGCCAGUUCCCAACCUUGGAGCUUUAUCGCCUUCGAAGAUUGCGCUACCUCCCUCGCCACCGAAGCACGCACAAGAUUAUCAUACUCCGCGACCGAUCUCGAAGAAUGCUCCCGUAAUUCCUACUAUGACAUCUACGGACUAUGACCGAGCAGCGAAAGACCAGUUACAACAAGACAUGGGAGCUCUCAAUAUUAGCCACACUCCUCAAUCCCAAUAUCCUCACUCGCCGCAAAAUAUGACACCCCGAAACCCGCAGGCCCAACUCCAGCAACAACGAGGUAUCCCUCGAGCAAACCCGUUCAAUCUACCAGAAAUCCCUCCUUACCGUGGGCCUAGCUCGCAACAUAACCAACAAGCACUUCAGCAAAAAGCCACUCCCCAACCGUCUCCCAACUUAGGUUCCGGAGCAUUCACAUCCAAAGCGCAGCCCAAGCAGCAGACCCCAGCACCUGAUUCAUUCCCGCCUCCCGGCCCCGCAAACCCCAACGGCGAGCUCGACGCAUUGAACGACGUCAUCUUCCCGGCUCUCGAGGAGGCGUUGAAGCGACGACAGAUCCGAUUACAGCAGAUCUACCGCAACGAGAAGGUCAUCACACCUCAACGUCAACGCGCCGAAGCCGCGCACGAUCGCAUCCGUAAACAUGUUUACAAGCUAGCAAAUGUGUGUAAAGAGAUCGAUCGUCUCGACAAGAGCGAGCCUGUAGGCAUGGGCAAAGACGUCGGCACGUUUCUCGAAGGCUUGCUCGAGGAGAUACUAGUCCGUGUCGAACCAUUAGACGAAGACGAAGGAAUGUAAAUGAAUGGAUGAGCCAACUAGAUGAACUAAUGAUGAAGCACGGAGUCACUUUGUUACCAAGAGCAAUACAAUACAAGGCAAACAAAACACAUACGUCGCGGAAGGAUAACCUGAUUGUGUAAUAUAUAUCUAAUAAGGAGUCUAAGGGAUGGAGAAAGGUUCCUUCUGCUUUUGUACUUAAAAUACCACUGCCCAUCCUAACCCUUAC